CUCUCUAGAUCGUCACUAGCACGCACCCUUUCGGCCCAGAACACCGCGACUAACCAGACAAGCCAGAGUCAGGCUUCCAAGGAUUUACCUGGUCUCCCGCUCCCUCCCACGCGACACCGCAUAGAAAGACACAAUGCUGGCCCUAGCUAUUCCCACCAUUGCGACGGCCCUUCUCACACUUUCGGCGCGUGUCCAGGCAGCAUGUUACAACGUUGACGGGUCGGAACAAAACGACCAGUCCUUCACAGCAUGCGACCCUGGCGCCGGAGUGAGCGCCUGCUGCGCAAACAAUAAAGGAUCCAGGUCGGACCUGUGCCUGUCCUCAGGUCUCUGCUACGCGCAGGACGGCAACUUCCGAGGGCUGCUUUAUAUGAACGGCUGCACAGACGAGUCCGGCUCGGCCUCGGAGUGCCCGCACUUUUGUCCAGACCAAACUACCAACUUCAACGGCGGGUCGCCAGUAAAAUCGUGGAAUGUGCUGCAGUGUAACAAGGGUGUCUUCUGUUGCCGAAUGACGUCGGAUACGGAGAACUGCUGUUCUAACAGCUCCGCCCUGGUCACGUCCGACAUAGGGACUCUCCUGGUGGCCGCCACGGCGACAACGACUAUCAGCGCUGCCACAGGGGCGGCGACGACCACGAGCGCUGCGGGGACCGCCCAGGCAUCGGACGGCGAUGGCGCCACGUCGACGCUGACGCUGCCAUCGUCCUCGUCAGCGCCAUCAUCGGAAUCGGAAGCUUGCCCAAGGGACAACACGGCUGUCGUCGGCGGCGCUGUUGGAGGUGUACUGGGCGCUGCGCUGCUGGCAUCACUCGGGGCUCUCAUGUUCGUUGUAAAGCGCAGGAAGGACGACAGCCCGGCCUCCCCACAGUACCCGGCCUACCCGCAGAGCUCAGCCUACCCGCCCGUCCAUGGAUAUCAUGUGAAGCCCGACCAGCAAAACUAUCCUCCAGCUCAAGAGCUCCCUGGCAGGGAGAGGCAGAUGUAUGAGAUGUAGCCAUGACCUUGUCUGAAUGCAGGGAAGCCUUGUAGGUUGCUGUUCUCAAGGCAGUGGGCGCGUCUGGGGUCUGGGAUCCUUCGUGCCCGGGGGAUUGGAUUGCUCAAGCUUCUGAGACAAUUAUUA